UCUGCAGUAAAGACAUCAAGCGAUCAAGCCCUCGAACACUACAGCACUGUCUCCUGUGCAUACGUCGAGUUUUUCAUAAAAUUUUCGACAAGAGUUGUGUCUCUGUGAAGGCGAUCGUGUCGAGUACUUCAAGUGCUGGCCUAUACAUUCAUCAUUAAACAUGAUUAUGCUAAAGGUUUUUUUGCUACUGCUCGCCAUCGAAACGACAAACUCGUUCAAUUGGCACAAUAUUCCUGGUGUAGGAAGCAAGCCUGAUGAUAUAUGCAAGGGAUCGCAUGGCGAUGUUGGUGAGCCAGGAGAGAAGGGCGAGCCGGGAUACCCUGGAGUACCCGGCGAAAAGGGCCGGCGUGUUUUUCCACGUAUGGAAGCGCCUUUAACUGCGCCAUGUUACUGUCCCGGUGGAGGAAAAGGAGAAAAAGGCAUGCAAGGAACAUCAGGAUCUCCUGGAUCUCCUGGUUCUCGUGGUUACAUAGGAACGAUUGGACCUAAGGGAAAUCAAGGUGUACCGGGGCUACCGGGUGAACCUGGUGCACCGGGACCUCCAUUACCACGGUAUCCACCUGAUAUCCCUGGCACUGUCUUCAUACCGGUGUUAUUUCACGGCAAAGUCCCACGUACAAUGUGUCAUCACUUGAGAAAGCAAGCCUACGUGCCGGGAGUUCCUCAUGAUUGGCUUGGAUGGUACGAAACUGGCAGAUCAAGUUAUCUUACCUUCGAUAAGUGGCUGUACUUUUCAUCGCGUUUCCAAUGUCCGUGCUCCGUCCCAGUUCCUCCCGGACCAACACCAAGCCCCGCGGAGUUGAUGCGCCUUCUGUAAAAACAGAAUUUCAGAAAGCUAUUACAAGGAACUUUGCUUAAAUAUCAUAAAAGAGCUGUUAUUUCAGUCAUAUAUAGUGCUAAUUGAUAUUUGUAAAUUCAAAACCUGA